CUUCUAGAGUUCAACUUUAAAUUAUAUAGCCUUCACCCUGUUUGACAAGUUAUGCUAAAUCCGCGCCACAAUAGUUGUCGUUGAAUCCAUUAUCCUAUGCCUUCUAGCCCCAGCUCAGCACAUAUUACUUGGUAUCGACUUAACAUGACUAAUAAAAGCAAGAACUAUCAAAUCGCCUGCAUACCAGCCGAUGGUAUCGGACCGGAGGUCAUCAGUGCAGCAGUUGACGUGCUGAAAGUCUUGACAGACACUCUCAAGACAUUUAGUCUCGAGUUUACGGAUCUUACUUGGGGUAGCGAUCACUACAAGAAACAUGGCAGAUAUAUCCCUGAAGGUGGUGUAGAGUCACUGAAACAGUAUGAUGCUAUCCUUUUCGGUUCCGUUGGAGCACCAGAUGUACCCGACCACAUAUCACUAUGGGGAUUACUGCUUGCUAUGCGAGGUCCUAUGCAGUUAUAUGCCAACGUACGGCCUGUCAGGUCCUUUCCUGGCACAAGAGCCUACUUAACAUCCAUGACAAAGCCAAUCGAUUGGAUGAUCGUUCGCGAGAACUCAGAGGGUGAGUACGCUGGACAAGGUGGACGCUCGCAUCUUCGUCAGCCAUGGGAGACAGCCACCGAAGUCGCCAUCUUCACGCGCGUGGGCAUUGAGCGCAUCAUGAAAUUUGCAUUUGAGAUGGCUCGUUCGCGUCCGGCCAAGUUACUCACGGUUGUUACCAAGUCGAACUCCAUGCGCAAUGGUAUGGUUCUUUGGGAUGAGAUUGCCGCCGAGGUCUCCAAAGAUUUCCCUGACGUUAUAUGGGAUAAAAUGUUGGUUGACGCAAUGACUGUACGCAUGGUUACGAACCCUCAUUCUCUCGAUACCGUCCUAGGCACGAACCUACACAUGGAUAUUAUUUCAGAUCUCGCAGCUGCCUUGGCUGGUUCUAUCGGUAUUGCUCCUUCAAGCAACCUAGAUCCUACAAGGAAGAACCCUAGCAUCUUCGAACCUGUGCAUGGAUCUGCCUUUGACAUUACUGGCAAGGGUGUUGCGAACCCUGUCGCGGCUAUCUGGUCGGCAGCGGAGUUGCUGAAGUGGAUAGGAGAGGCCGAGGCAGCUGACAUUCUUAUGGCUUCAGUAGAGAGAGUAUGCUCGAAAGGCGUUGUGACAGCUGAUCUAGGAGGACAGUAUAACACCAAAGAGGUGACGGCGGCUAUUUGCGAGGACAUCAAGGAGAACAAAUAA